UGGCCGGGGUAGGCCGUCAUUGUAAAUAAGGAUUUGUUCUGAACUGACUUGCUUAGUUAAAUAAAAGGUCAAAUUAAAUGUUGCUAUUUUAUUUUUGAUGAGCGAUGCAGGCCUCAAGUUACUCCACUGCAAACCUCUUCAACUGGCUGGCAUCAACCUCAGAGCUAUCAGGUUCUCCUACACAGGUGAGUUGGGCUGGGAGCUGUAUCUACCUCAGAAGGACAUGGCAGCGGUGUACCAGGCUAUCAUGGAAGCAGGACAGGAUGAGGGCAUCGACAACUUUGGUACCUACGCCAUGUCAUCAGUAUGACUGGAGAAGGGUCCAAAGGCUGGGGCGCAGAGAUACACACACACACACACGCACUCUCAUACGGUAUAGAUUGACUUUUUUUUUUAAUCAGAUGAACUUUGACACCAACCCUCUGGAAGCUGGUCUGGACUACUUCAUCAAUCUCAACAAGCCUGCAGACUUCAUCGGUAAGACAGCACUGCAGGAGAUCAAAGCUAAAGGUCUGAAGAGGAAGCUGUCGACGGGACCAUCUCAACGGCAAGGUGGUUGGCAACACUACAUCAGGGGCCUACAGCUACACCACCCAGAGGAGCCUGGCAUUUGCCUAUCUGCCAGUGUAGCUGUGUUCUGUGGGGCAGAGGGUGGAGAUGUUGGGGAGGAAAUACCCUGCCAUGGUAGUCUAGGAGCCACUGGUCCUCACUUAACCCACCAGGAACCGGCUGCAGCAGAAGGCUAAGAGCAAGGCCUACACACCGGGGACGGACAGAGAACCCAGCUUAGAACCAGAGUACCAGACCUGGAUCCAAAUAGGAUCCUGGAUCCUGUUUUCUUUCAAGUAUUUACAGAAGGGUGUGCUUUAUUUAGCUACCUUCUGGUGCUAAUUGCGACCCAGGUCCGUUUAGAAUCUCCAAACAGAAGAACUGACACCAACCACUCACACUGUGAUGUGAACUAUGCUGGUUGACAGUGUUACUGUUAUGAUUAUGGUGACUUAUGAUGAAAACGACUAACAUGUGAUGAACAAUACUCAAAUGACACCCUAUACCCUGUGUGGCCCAAAGUAGUGCACACUAUACAGGGAAUAUGGAAUCAUUUGAGAUGGAGACUUUGACAGUGAUGUAAAAAUAAAAUAAAAAAUGACUUCCUCUUUCCUAUUUGGUCACCUGGUUAGGAAGAAGCAGGAACAACUAAAGUAACCCAGAAUGUGCAUAAGAGCUCAACUCUAGGUUCCAAUGUCCAUACUAGCAUGGACAGAUUGUUUGGUUGGAGUCUUAAAACCAUCAACCCAUAACUGCUUAGCAACAGAGACAAUCAUUACCGAUAGGUGGCAUUUUAAUCUCUCAGUAUUGCGGUGUUAUGUGUUUUUAUAUGAAGGAAUUAAAUGGCUUUUUAAUUACAGGUGUUAAUGGUUAUGGGGUUGAAAAGCAGAGACUUAGUAGAAGUGUUAUUGCAGCUGUCCUAUCACAACAAGAACCGGCCAAAUAAAUGCUGUCUACUGUAGUCGUUUUGUACAUUAUAUAGAAGAGACAGUGAACUUUGAUAAUGCUUUGCACAAACCUCCGUCUUAAAAGCAAGGCGGGCAUAUGGCAGACGUAAUAACCUUAGCACAAGGUAGGACAACCUAACUACUAACGGACAGUGAUAACCAAAGGGAACAGUAUUUUAAGAACACUAUGUAAAAUAAAUUGUGAUUAAUGUGUUUACAUUAUUUUGUCAAAUUGUCUGUACAUUUUAACUUUGGUUAAUUAAA